AUUUAUUUAUUUAUUUAUUUAUUUAUUUAUUCUUCCUUGCUGACAAAAGGUAUUCGUACUUCCAUGUUCCCCUUACUUCGGACUUAGAGAUCUACCUUGGUUUUAUAUGUCAUCGACAACACCGGAAAUCACAGCCACUGUGCCCACUACAAAUCAAAUACGCAGUACAGCCACUGUGCCCACUACAAAUCAAAUACGCAGUACAGUAGUGCUGCUGACUGUCAUAGGAAUCGUUGUAGUCCUGGUAUCUGUUAUCUCGGGGACUUAUCUUUUUCUCCGCAAAAGAAAAAGGGAUAACCGUGACUUGUCAAUAGAUGAUGCUGAUUACGACGCCUUCAUAAUAUUCAACCAGCAUGACCAAAAAUGGGUAGAUGAAACCCUUCUGCCAAUCCUGGAGAAGGAGUUUCAAUACAAGUGUUGUGUCCACUACCGAGAUUUUGUUCCAGGAGAGCAUUUUGUAGUAAAUAUGACAGAGAGCGUUCGCAAGAGUAGAAAAGUAAUUGCUGUCAUAUCCAAGACCUUCUUCUCAAGCCAAUGGUGUAAUUUCGAGCUACAACAAGCUAUAUAUCAGCACUUGAAGAUAGGAGACAACGGCGUUAUUGUUAUAAAAAUCGAUAAUGUUUCUACUGAGAUGUUCCCGAAGGCUAUCCAAACGAAAUCUUUUAUCGAUUAUUCAAACAGAAUCGAGAGACCAUUUUUUAAGGCGAGGUUGUUAAAGGUCUUAGAAUCCAGCAGCAACGCGUGUAAAAAGGAAAUGAUUCCGAUGCUAAUUGAUGGCUAGUGCGUGGCUCUGUUAAGGGAUCGGAGGUUUCACGGUUCGGCGCAUGCCCAAGCAUUCGCGCCAGUAUAGUAACUUGUUUCGUAUUCUUAUUGAGGGACAUGUUUUUCAGCAGUUACAGACUAUCAUUUGGGUAUGCAGAAUGACUGAUGCCCAAAUUUAGCGGAAGAUAUCAACAGAUUUACGUAUAGGAAAGAUCGAAUUUAGCAUUGAACAUCGAACUGUUAUUCGGGCCGAACGAUUUAUUCUGGACACACGCACGCGUUAUUUACUCGCACCCGAUUGGUUCAUAAACCUUGGAAUUGAGUGGUGCUUGGGAGUUGGUAAAUACCAAAACAAUACUGAUGAGAAACACCUCUAUCGGAGCGUGGACGCGACCGACCGCGCAACUUUCAAAGAAAAAUUUCGCUGAAUCAAAUAGGCUCAUGUUCCUGCUUGCUUAUACAUGCGCCGAGCCGUGAAGCAAUCCCCUUACAUCAUUCGCUAUACCUAGGCAGACGCUCUUUGGGGUCGUCAUGCAAUCUUCCUUAAAAAUAAGCAUGGUUCUUUAUAAAAACGAGUGAUUUGUAUCGACUCUUAAAUGACAAUGCAGAGAAAUUCCUUAUUGUUUUUCAAGAGGGCACGGUAACAAAUCCUGCAAUCUGAUUGGUUCUUAGCGCGUUCCGGAUUUUCUUAUCUCUGAAAGCUUUCGCAGCGGGUGAAAUCGUCGUGUUGAUCAAUUUUCGUGAGCGAACUAGCGGUAAUCGUGAACCUUUGCCCUUUUUACACUUCCAUCGACGAUUAAUCUACACAAGUUUGUCUCUAUUCGCUUAAAAAUGGCAAGGAAAGUCACUAUAAGUAAAUUCAAACAAGUGUUUUAUUUGUGAGAGUUGUUUUGGUUCGGUGCUGUAAUGGCGCGUAAUCUUGUUGUUCUCUCGACCUACAAAUGAUUUUAACUAAAUCAUGAGUCAAUUUCAGCCGAGUUUACCUCUUUGAUCGUUCGUGUAUUUCAGAGAGUUUUAGUGGAAUACACUUAACUAUUCAAUUUCCGGUAUAAAAACCUGGUUUCAAGUGAUUCGCAGCGACUGACAAAAAUUGUUUUUGUAGUACAACUUCAAACUUUACACAAAAUUUCACACCGUAAAACAAUUUUGUAGAACUUAAGUGGUGAAUUAUAUCCACUAAAUAUUAUUUGUAAGAAAUGUAUCUGCUCUCGACAUGCUUUUGUGAGACUGAAAGCUUAACCAUGAUAGGCUUGAAAUCCUAACUUGAGAUCUUAGCUCAAAAUCCUGAUAAAUUUGAAAGCCAGACUCAAAAUUCUAACUCAAGACUUUAUUGUAAUAGUGACUUGAAUAAUAGGUAUCCUUCUGGCAAUAUUAUUUUGAGUUGUCAUUAGGUUUGCCGGCAUUUUGAACAUGGUGAACAGUGUUAAAUUGAUGUCUGUCUCUGACCAUGUAGAACCCAAUACAUUAGACUUGAAAGUUCAAAGAUUUUUGGUAACAUGUCAGAGAAAGUCUUUAUACUAAUAUUAACGGGUUUGUUUUACAUCCUGGGCAAGUUUCUUCAAUUUUUAAAGGGUGAUAAUCUUUUAACAACAAAGUGGUGUUUUUUUCAGAAGUGUAUCUACAGAGGUAUCAAUUGGUUAUAUUUAUUAAAUCCAUUUUGAAAUCACUGGUUAUCCUUGCAAUCUGAUUGGCUCUCAAUGGUGCGAUUUAUUC